UCACAGUUGAGAAGUUUUGUUGUCAGCAACAACCGACGCUAAGAAACAACUGGAUUUACAGCUGAAAUGAGCUGAAAUAUAUCAUAAUUUGAAUAUCACAUUAAAAUACUACGAAAUAAAGUCGUCAAUAACAGAAAUGAGGGUCUGAGUCAACCUGUUGCUUUUAAAAAUCACCUGCGGCGGGAAAUUUAAAACCAAGACGGGCAACAACAGCAGAGUGACUGACGUGUGUCAUCUGUGGAUAUCUGAGGAAAUCACUGCGGUAAUCGUUAUGUUGUCGUCAUGUUCACGGUAAGACUGUUAGAGACGCAUGAAAAUUACCAAAGCCUUUGACAACUAACUAGUUACUGGGCCUGUACAUUGGUAUUAUCAACUGACAUUAGUGGAAAAACAACCGGUGUCUAUUAUUGGAGUCUUUUUACUGAUAUAAAAGUGGAAAUGGACCUUUGUUGUGUGUCUGUGAUCGAUAACACGCACUUAAACGACUCUACAUCCAGUUCUGAUGCAGCAGAUGUGUUAAUUCACUCAACCAGAGCUGCCUUGGGUGCCAGCAGAGAGGAAAUACAGCAUAAGAGUCAUAAUAAAGUUAAUAUUUACAUCAGAAGACUGUCAGACUCUGAAGAUGUUGACUCUGUGCAUGAGAGCGAAAUCCCACCUGUCCUUUCUGUGAAUGUACCCUCAGCUUCAGACACAGUCGAACUCCAUGAACAACAGACUGGUGGACCAUCAGAUCAAUUUGCUGAUCUUUUUGUCAGAGCCUCCAGGAAAGAGAAAAGUAAAGUUCAAACUACAGUCAUGCAGACGGCAAACAUAAAGUCAAAAGGUGAAGAUGUGCGAAUUUCUACUUACUCUGCUGAUAGGAGAGGAGCAGUUUCUGCAGCCCUCAAGAAAAGAUCCCAAAGUGCACCUUUAAGGCGUAAUGUGACAGUACAAGUGUUGGACCAAGACAGAUCCCAAACUCCAAGAGGCCAGUCGGAUCCUGCCUGUCCAUUAGGAGAUCCUGGGACUUCUGCAAAUGUGGCAGCCAUAACAGCUGCUACUAUUGCCGCCACAGCGCCUCUUAUCAAGGCUCAGAGUGAGAUGGAGGCUCAGAUCGCACUGGUAACUGCUGAGCUGAGGAGGCUGCAGAAAGCAGAUGAGGCCGGUGUCCAGCCAGGGAGAGCAGCCAGUGCUGAGAACAGUUCUGCAGGGAGAGCAGCCCAUCUGGAGGAACAACUUAACAUUCUGAUCCAGCAGAGACUGCAACACCUGGAGACAAUCCAAUGUCAGCAGAUCCAACUGCAGAAUCGUCUCCUGGGAUCGGCUCUAGACGUCGUAGCAGCUCGGGCGAACACAGACUCACAGUCCAUUCUACACACAGGCACUGGAAUCACCCAGACAGAAUCUCUGCCAGCUCAGAUCUCAGGCAGUCACAGCGUCAGACUGUCUGCUACUGAUAAAACCUCUGUUGGAAGCCAAGCAUCUGUGUCAAAGGACGUGCAUCGAGACAAACGAAGCCCCCUGGAGACCCCCGCACCACGUAAAGUCAUUCCCAAACCCACCCACUGGACGUCAUCUACAAGCACCAUCAAACCUCAGAAAUCCUCCCUCAGAAACCAAGGAAAUGGCAGACUUCAGGACCAGAGCCCUAAUAACCGGAGGUCUCCCGAGAGAUGCGCCUCGCAGUCUGUCGGGGUAAAGAGGUUCGCUAUGGCAACAGCCGACAACGGCCAACCAGAGCGGUCCAGAAAAAGCAAUACGUCACCUAAAGCAUCUGUUGCUCUAACUGGAAGUGCACAACCAGAAGAACCAGCUUCCAUGAAGCCACUGAAUGAACAGGAGAACCAGGCAGAACAUACAUAUGUGGCGUCUUCCAGCUCGGCUGUGCAAAGAGCCAAUGAGAUGCUGCAGGAUCUGGGGCGGCUUAAAAAUGAGAUGAGGAGUCUACUGCAGACUGCUGAUGCGUUUCCUGUGCAGAAUGCCAAGUCGACCCAGAACAGCAGGAGCAGCCAUCUCGCCCCCUCCGCCGCGGCCCCGCCUCCUUCCACAACCCCCAUCUCCGUGCCCCCAGAGCCGGUUGAUGCGAUCGCCGUCAGGGCUGCUCCUUUGAACAGACCCAGCAUUCUGAAGAGCAUCCAGCCGCCCACAUCCAUGUUUGAGGAUGCAGGACUGGUCCUGAGGCAGGUCAGGCAAAGCAAGAAGGUUCUGGAAGAAAACCUGGAAGCCAUUUUGAGAGCCACAGAUGGAGAGGUGCUUCACACGCAGUUAGAGGCGCUGUCGAAAAACAGAGAUGUCCGUGAAGAGCUGAGGAUAAAGAAGACAGUUGAUGCCUGGAUCAAUACACUCAGCAAGGAGAUUCAGGAUGAGCUGGCGAGGGACAGCUCUGAGAGGAUUGUGGAGAGGAGCGAUGCUGCAGUCGCUAAAGUGGUGCAGCAGGGCCAGGGGAGCAGGAGCGGACGUGCGGCUGGUCCGAGAGGGGGAGGAAGAGGAAGAGGGGGAGGUGAAACCUCUGCGGCAGACAAGAAAACCUCUUUGAGAGGCUCAGUUAGAGCGCAUGCAGAAAACACACUGGCGCACGGCAAACAACCGGCUCUGUCUGUCAGAAGCAGACCUGAAGGGAAGCGAGAGACGGCUCAGUCGGUUGUGUUAAAAUCUCACGAUGACCAGGAGUAUCUGGCCAGGCUGUAUGGGAAAGCUCUUUAUGAUGGUCAUCGACGAACACUUAAAAGCCCUUACCUUCGAUUCAACUCCCCCACGCCGAAAUCCAAACCGCAACGACCUAAAGUUGUAGAGACUGUCAAAGGAGUGAAAAUGAAGUCAUCUAAAACCCAAACUAGCCAAUUUGUGGAUGUUCCGGCCCUGCAGUCUUCAGUCUCUGAGCCACAUUUCCUGUUCAGCCCCAGUGAUCCUGCCCAACAGCAGCAGCCUGGUUCUCCGGUGCGAGGUUACCUCAUUCCCAUGGCCAUACCUUUAGGUAAGCCCAGAGUGGAUGGCCAGGCCCCGGUGCCUUCACGGGUCAUCAUUAGUGACAAACCAGCAACCGUAACAACCUCCUUCCCUCCCAUCACUGUUCCUGAACCCAAACCUGCUCCUGCUGUUCGGAAACCCAACACCAUCUUACUGGAGGUCCAGUCAGAACCAAAGAAACGGACCCCCCAGCUCCAAAUACAGGUCCAGCCUAGUGUGAAUAUUGAGAGCGGUCUGUGGAGCAAGCCGGCUCCUUCUACACCAUUGAUUCCAGCCGAAACCAUUCUUCCUCCACCUUCGACCCAUGCCUCAGAGGAACGGCACGCUGGUGAAGAUCAGGAGGAAAAUAUCUUUCCCGGAACCAAUUUCUUGGCCGUAGCCGACAUCAGCCAGGAAACGAACGAAGGACUUCCAGACUCUCCUAUAGAGCUCAACGGGCUGCCGUCUCCUCCUGCUGCUCUGUAUCACGGCCCGGCGUUUCCUCCGCAGCCUUCCCAGUCCACCCCUCUGACCGAACCCAUCCUGAGCACCAUCCAGCAGAGAGAAACCCUGGAGAACAGGCUGGUGGAUUGGGUGGAGCAACAGCUGAUGGCUAGAAUGAUCACUGGAAUGUUCCCCCAGCCCGUCCAGACUGAUCCAGCCAGCCAAUCAGAGCCGGAGAACAGUGUGACAUCAGACAUAGUGGAGGCCGCAGGUGGUGGGGGUCUUCAGUUGUUUGUGGACACAGGGGUACCAGUGGACUCUGAGCUCAUAAGACAGUGUGUAAAUGAAGUGCUGGCUGAAACCGUUGCGGUAAUGCUGGGACAGAGAGAGACGCAGAGCGCACCCGCUGCCCCUGUCCAAACACAGGAUGCUCAGGAGGAGAUGACUACGAUACCAACACCGACACUCACUCCUGAGCCCAGCUCGAAAGAGCCUCCAUCUCCUGUCAGAACCCCUGAUCUCUCCAAGCAUCUUUCUACAGCUCUGUCUCCCAAAGAAAACCAUCAGGCAUCUGCUUCACCAGGUCCAGAUAGAAUUCCUGCGGGCACACCGACUACCACGCCAAUCCCAUCUCCCACCAGGGUGGCCACACCCUCUCCUCCUCCAGCCAAUCAGAGCCCAGAUCCAGCCAACCUGCAGAAUCACCCAUGGGGAGGAACAGAGCUCCCCCUGGAGGAGGAAGAACCACACAGCGGGGGACAGGAACAGCCAUCAGCGUCAGCUGUGAUGUCAGUAGCCCAAGAGGACGAUGCGGAUGAAUCAGUCAUCCAUCCAUCUUCACCUCUCCCCUCCAAACCCAAGACUCCCCCACCUCCUCUUCCUCCUGUGAGCCAGGAACCUCCUCCUGCCAUCACCCCUGAAUCCUCCUCCUCCUCCUCCUCCUCCUCCUCCUCAGAGGAGAGCAGCUCUAGUUCCAGUGUGACUGUCACUGAGACGGGGACACCAGCCAGACACAUCUCAGAGGGAGAGCUUCUGCUCACUCACGGCCAGAUGGCGGCAGUCAGAGUUCUGGAAGAGGAAGGAGUCCUUCUGCCUAAUUUGAUGACCAGCCUGAACGGUUCCCUGCAUGGAGUCCAAGAUAUGGAUUACGAUCCGCCCAGUGAAGGUCAGGUGAUCGGAGGUCCACGCCUUUCUGCUCAUCAUGAUCCCGUUCUGUCUCUGUUGGCAAGAAUAGAACGCGGCCCUCUCAGCCAAUUACAGCAGCCAGAGAGAUGGUGGGAGGAGGAGAGCAGCGGAGAGGUCAGUGAGGGUCAGAGACCACUUCUGACGACCGCAGCGGAGAUUGUGCUGACCGGACACUCACGCAUGGAUCCGCAGAGAUACACGCAGCACAGGACCACAGAGAUCUCACCCCACGCCACGCUCUCAUCACCUGGACAAGUGCUCGCCGACCACACAGGUGCAGUGCUUGAAGACUCUGGGCUGUCACUGAACCUCAGGACAAGGGAGGAAAAGAAGGAAGCUGAGGUUUAUCAUCAUGUGUUGACUGUCUCCUCCCCUCAGCUACAGGACACACAAAAUCAGAGCUCCCAGGCGGCUCACAGACCUGCACCAAUUCUGGUGAGGCAGUAUGAAGACAAAGAGGAACCAGAGUUUCCGCAGCUAAGGAGACUUUCAGAUGACACGUUUUAUGGGGACAACGAGAAAGGUGAAGACAUUUUUCUGCAUACAGAAGGAGCAGGAAGUGAUGUCAGAGUGAUGUCAGUGAGGCUGCCGUUUGUCAAACAGGAUCAAGAGUCUGUCAGCCUCAGCUCUGUUGAAGGAGAUACAGACUCUUCUGCUAAUGAUGUGUUUUAACAGCGAUGACCCUGUGAAACCCCUCUGACAGGAAACUGCUAAGUGCCUGAAAGGAAGGAGAUGUUCUCAGACUUAAAUUAUUCACAUCACAGAAGCUCAUAUUUGGAUGACAGUCAGUGCAAGUGAUAUAAUGAACUCUAAUCUUUCUUGCAUCGCUGUUAAAUGAAACCACAUGUGCUGUUGUUUGCAGUGCAACUAUAGUUGCACAUUUUUAUACGAAUAAAUUUUAAACAAAUCUUGAUCCCAAUUUUAAUUGAAGUUUCAUAAUUUCAUCCCAUUUCUCCCCAGGUUGACGUCAUUUGUCGCAUUCUUUCUGUCCAAGCGAGGCUGUUCUCUGUCAUGGUAAUGGCAGCGCGGUGCAUUACUUCAUGAGAGAGGUUUUUCACAUCAUUAGCCUCAGACUGCUGUUUCUCCCAUUACACGGGAAGAUAGACAGAGAUAUCCGUUAUCAGAUGCUGCAUUGCAGUGUCCUGCACUGAUGAUGCCUGUCUAAUAAGCAUCCUGUUUCCUUUUCAGCACUUAAGACAUGAUAACGUCUGGAAGAAGUCUUGCAGAAACAGACUUCUGACUAUCGCCAUGAAGUCUGGUCUAUUUUACAGCUCGUUCUGGCCCAGAAUCACCCACAAUUUUGGUUAACAAUAGGCCAAUUUACAGUAAAGCUACUAGUUUGUUCCAAAAUAUAUACACUACCAGUCAAAAGUUUUUGAACAGUAAGAUUUUUAAGGUUUUUUAAAGAAGACUCUGAGAAUAUUCAGAAUCUGAUUAUUAGAAUGAUUUCUGAAAGAUCAUGUGGCUGGAGUAAUAAUGCUAAAAAUUCAGCUUUGAAAUCACAGGAAUAAAUUACUUUUUAAAAUAUAUUAAAAUAGAAAACCGUUAUUUUAAAUACUAAAAAUAUUUCAGAGUUUUACUGUUUUUGCUGUACUUGAGAUCAAAUAAAUGCAGGCUUGGUGAGCAGAAAAUCUUACUGUUCAAAAACUUUUGACUGGUAGUGUAUAUAUAAAUAUAUAAGAAAGGCGACUGUUCACAAUCUCUGUUCUUCCAUAACUAGUAAAAACUAAUUAUUUUAAGGGCAUAACUCUAAAAAUAAAACAGAAAUGCAUACAGUAGCUUGUAGUUUAGAUUAAGUGCUUAAAAAAUGCAAAAAUAUGUGUUAUUUGCCUAAAGCAAUAUUUCUAGGCAGAUAAACUGCCGGUUAUGACUUGCAGACAGUGUUUUUUCCAGUUUGCUUCUUGUGUACUGUGUCUUUCUAGUUUAUUGGUGCAUAAUGUGUGAAAGUUACAGGGUUUAUCCACUUUCCGCGACCCUGAGUUGAAAAUGUGGACAUAACGUUUGCAAGGUUAGUAAGCCACUUCAUUACACUAGUCUCAUGUUAACAUUUAUAAUGUUAAAGCCUUGUGUCCAUUUUAAUGUUUAUUCUGGUUUAGUACUCCAUAGACAACCACAUGUUAGUUAAUAAAAAUACAAUUGUUUGUUCAUGUUAGUUCACAGUGCAUUAACUAAUGUUAACAAACACAACUUGUGAUUUUAAUGCAUCAGUAAAUGCUGAAAUUAACAUUAAGAUUAAUAAAGGCUGUAGAAGUGUUGUUCAUUCUUAGCUAAUGUUAACUAAUGAACCUUAUUGUAAAGUGUUAUCUUAUAAACGUCAUUUUGUUUUCCAACAGUUCAAUACAUUCCUGUAAAAUUGCAUAAAACCAGUCAAUCGGAGCUUUGAUAUUUUUGAAAACCAUUGUUGUUUUUGUCCACAGUAUGCAUCAGACAGACAGCAUGUGGUCUGCUAGCGUACCUUCUCAGACUUUAAUGGAAGUAUCUUGAUCCGUCGUGACCUUGGUGCAGGAAUUCCCAGCAGAUUGUGUUCGAGAAUAAAAUAAUAACUGAGAGUAUUGUUGUUUUGAGUCUCGUGUCAGAGCACUAUGGCACAAAAUAACCCUGUAUCCACUUUUCUCUGUUUUUCUGCAGGUAUAAGGAGAAGAACCUUGUGAGGAGGAGUGGAACCUAUAUAUAAAGAGCUCAUCUGGGAAAAUGUUAGGCUUUCACAGCUGUAGAGCAGCCAAUGGAGCGAUAAGUGCGGAUGAUAAGAGCAGCCAGAGCAGGGCUAGAAAUGAAGAAGCUAAUGGUGUGAUGUGAUGCUGACCAGAGACACGAGCAACUCGGUGGUACACAGCUGCUCUGAAGAAAUGUAUGCUAAAGUUAGUCAUGGUUAGUUGCAAUUUGUCUAUUUUUAUGCAUCUGUAGUAAAAAAGUAGGUACACAUUUUUUAAUUAAAAUAUUUUUUUAAUGUAUUAUUAUUAUUUUAUUUUUUUGUUUUUAUUUUAAUGAAAUAUCUAAAUAAUUUUUUGGUGUAACUCCUGCAGGAACUGGAGGUAUACACCAGGGUUGGAAAUUAACGAGGGCUUAUGGCAAAAAUGCCAUCAAAAUGAGCCAAAAUGCCCCAUAAAUUCAAGACGAAGGGGCAAAAAUAGCCCCUGCACAAUUACACAAUGUAUUAUGGCUGUCGCGAUUAAAAUUAAAUGUGAAAAUGAAUAGAAAGUGUCAAUUCGCGGAAUUGCAUGUAGAUUCGCUCACACUGCAUCAGGUUGCUUUUACGUGCUGUUUUGUGCCGCUUUGAGCUUUAUAACCAAUCAAACGUGUUUCUGUUGAACUUAGGAAUGGCCAAUCAAAGGCACUUAGAUUAGUCAGCGCUUGAAAACGCUGGAGCUGUUGUUGAGUGCGCACGCUGUGAUGCCUGGUUACUGGUUUAAACUUGGCCCAGGUUUUUAAAAGAUUUUUGGCUCAGCACACCUUAAUAGCUUCAACAAUUGAUCGCCAAUUAAGUUUAGAAUACAAUGAAUUUAGGCCCAGAUUAUGCAGAGCUGUAAUAGCUGCUGCUAAUGGUGGAUAUUUUGAUGAAUCAAAAAUGUAAGUUUUUUCUAUGUAUAAACUGUUUAUGUAAUAAAAUAUGUUUUCGUA